CCAAUAUGGCCGCUCAUAUUCAAACGUAAACAUUGCUUCAAAAUUCGUGACAUUCGUUAAGGUUGCAUGGCAUGGAGUCGGAGCCUGAAUGGGGUGAAUUAGCAGGAGUCACUGCAUCAACAGCAGACAGCAUUCUGCAGGAAUCUCUACCAGACCAAACAGGCUUAGUGUCAGUUCCCACACUCUCUCAACAUGCCUUGUCUCCAGAGAGUGGAGGAGAGUACAAUGACAGCUUUAAGAUUGGACCAGUUGAUUUUCAUGACAGUCGCGAAGAAGAUCACUUCCAGUUAUCACCAACUUAUUCCAGUGGUACAACUGUUGAAGAAAGGAAACAAAACACAAAAACAUCAGAUUCACUUUCACAGCAUCCUCUUGAAGAAAUGGCUGCAGCUGAAUUUGUUGGAAGUGAAGUCAAGAAUCUCAUUGCAGAAGUAUCAUCAGAUUUCAUAAGUGGAAGGUUUUCAUUGUCCCAGCAGCCAGUCAGUGAUGAGGAAUCCACACCACGUGAGUCAGGGGAUGGUGGUAAUGAGCAAGAUGAUUAUCAGGCACUGAGUGGGAGAUACUCACAGAGGUCAGAAAGUGACAGUUCUUGGAGGUCCAGUGGCACCUUUCACACUGGCUCCAAUGGAGAGGGGAACCUUCAGCAUUUGCUUCCACAAAUAGGGCCCCAAAUAGAUGUUAUUGGUACUAGAGGCAAGGUUGAAGAGCCUUUUGAAAAUGAAGGAUUGUUGAAAGAGCCUGAACCCAACAAAAGCACAGUUGUCAAGGCAGUUGAAGGGGAGAACCAACUCAGAAAUGUCCAUUCUGAAGACUCUGAUCAUGGUUCCCAAGAAGAGCCUCCAGUCAAGCAUCCAAGAUUAGCAGGGGAGGAACAGGCCAAUGUCAGUGUCCUUCCUAACAUGUAUCUCCAAGCUUCUCCACCUCAAGAGGAGCCCCCUCAACCAAACCAUGGGCUGGAAGAGGACUCUGUGGCCUUCAGCCAUAGCAGGUACCCCUUCAGCAUGAUAAGUGACUCCUUGGUCUUUACAGAACAAAAGCCAAUUAGUCAGUCCACACCUUAUGUAGUUGGCCUAGUUGAUCCCAUAGCUCAGAUAAAAAGCCCUCCAAAGACUUCAGGUGUUGAACUGAAGAAGUACUCCCAAGGCCUUACUACAGGGGGUAGUGGAAUACUAAGCAUUGGCACUACUAACCCAGCCAGGGCUGGACAGAUCCCUUUAAGGGCAGAUCAUGACAUUGGUUUACCUAUAGCUGUUGUUGAGCAGGAAAAGCCUCUUUCAAAAGGCACUGGCCCACAGAAGCGUGUGUCAUGGGGUGUCUCAUCAGACAAUAGUGGAAGAAUUGAUCAAAGUGAAGGUGCUGCCUCAGCUGAGGCAAUAGAUGAGGAUGGUGAUCAGAUGAGGAUUAUUAGCAGACAAGACACGGUUCAUUCAGAUGUUGCUGAUGGAGGUUUCACUUCUUCAAAGGAUGCCCCAGACAACAUGUCCAAGUCUGAUGUAAAGCCUCUGGCCUCUUACAUUUACUAUCCUGCAGAGCUUAGGAGUGGGUCUGUGAACACCACUGAUGCCACUAGCAAGAGAAGUUGCAGCUCCCAAAGUUCCUUGAGUACCAGUGAGUCAGUUGAAAAGAAAAGUACCAGCUCAGAAAGUUCAGAUGUGAGUGAGGUCAUUCGCAGUGCAGGAGUUGACUACAUAUCAGUGGAAGAGCGGGAUCAGUUACUGAGUGCCUCAUCAUCGCGAUCAUCAAAAACUUCUGAAAUUGAAACUGAAAGAUCCAGAAGCAAAGAAGGCAGAUCACCAGUGCCUCAUACCUCUGAACUCCCAGAUUCUCAAGAAACCAUCACGUCAGUUGUUUCAGAUCAAUUGACUUUACCUCCAUCACAAGAAACCUUAUCACAGCCUCUUUCCCAGCCCCUCUCCCAGCCUGCAACACAGGGGCUCAGUCAGCCAUCUUCAGGCAGUACACAGAGCCAAGACUCCUUGGCCAGACGAGUCGAAUUACUGCUAAGAGGGGCAGAUUUUGAGAUGGAAGACCCAUAUGGCGAGGAGGUUGUGAAAUCACUACCUCUUAGUACUGCCAGUGCUCCUUCAACUGUCAGGUCAUCACCGCCAGCAACAUCCAAAUCUGAUGGAGUCAAAGGUGAAACAAAUAAUGGAAAAGGCACUUUGGACGACAUUACAAACUUUGGGCAAGCAGCUAGGGUACAUGCUAAAAAACAUGGGCCCUCACCAGUGGCAGAUGUUAUCAGUCCACGCAGCACUACAAGUACUGUGUAUGAUGAACUUCCUCACCCUAGGCUGAGUGGGUCUUUAGGUGAGAGAGGUUUCAGUGCUCUGAGACCAGGGAGUUCAAGAUCUGACAACAGUUCAGUUAGCACGAAAAGUGUCCUGAUGGAAAAAGCAAGGAAAACAAAUAUGUCUCCCAAAGAUUUGCCUCCAUAUGGUCCGAGUGAUAGAGUUUCUGACCCAUUAUCAGUUAGGAUUCAAAGCAUUCUACAGGGUGCCGAAUUCUCCCAUGGUGAGGCACACUCCAGUCCUAUUUCGUAUGGAAGCCUUUCGCACAGUGUGUCUCUUCCUAUGGGUUCUGGCAUCAGUGAGGAUACAACAGGACCCACUGAUGUUACAAAGGAUAGGAAAUCUAAUGAAAAAUCCAAUUUUAAUGCCUCCAGGGGGCUGGCUGCUGAGACCUUUCAAGAUGAUCCUGUGCCACGGCAAAUGGUAGGAUUGCAGAGGACCAGUAGUAUGCAGAGUGUCCAAAGUACAGACUCCUUGUCAAACAGAGUGCAAGCAAUACUGUCUAAUACUAAGCACUUAGAUGGUGAAGCUGCCCCUGUAGACUUGCCUCUGUCACAGGAUCUGCUGACACAGAUUCCUUUAACACAAGUGCCUGUACCCCAGCAGUACCUGUCACAAGAGGUGGACUAUGAAGUAUUGGAGCAGGAACUUAAUGAUAUACAGCAGCAACUGCAGCAGUCACACCAGGAUGAAGAAGACCUUUAUGACAAGUACAUCAGACCCCACAUGUCCCCUGAAGAACAGAGCACUCAGCAUGAAGAAGAACCCACAGAGAAAUCCAAGGAUUCAAGCCAGGAGUCGAGCAGUGGUCUGGCAGGGGCACCCAGAAGUAAGAAACUCCUCUGGGAUUAUGGUGCUGACCUGGGCUAUGAUGAGGGGGAUGGUAGAUUUCUUGGUACACUGAAGGAGGUUUCUCUGCCUGAUAGCCAGUUGCCUGGCAGUUAUGCUUCCUUUAAUAGGUCAGAACCGGAGGGUACCAGUUCAAUGAGAGCUGAUGUUAAGAAUCCUGCUUCCGGGGACAACUAUGAAAGGGUAGUCCAUGAUGCUGUUAUCACUGAGGAAGGUGAAAUACUCGCCACAGGAGCUAUAACUUCACAAAAAGAUGAUCAUUAUGGCAGCACUGAUAGCCUUGCUCGCCGUGUUGGGGUACUCUUGGGUGCAGAAUCACCACAGAAACAGGUCCAGCAAAUACUACAGGAGGUGGAGGAAGAGGAAGAACAGCUAUUGUCUCAGAACAAAGCAGAGAUGGCUAGAUCAUACAUUCAGUAUCCAUCUGAUUUAAAGAGCGCUACUCCUGGGGACAGUGAAAUUAGAGGAGGGAGAAAAGAUGAAGAAUCUUCAGAAAAAUCAGAAACUUCCAGGUCUGAAAGUCUUCUAGAGAGUGACAAUCAACAGAUUCCUACACAGAUCCCUGUGUACAGCCUCAGCGAAGGUGGAAAUGGUCUUAGUCAGCUCAGCUCUGGACCUUUGUCACAGCAAAGUGACUUCACACUAACUCCAAUGGCAGCUGGCCCAUUCACUGCAUUUAACACAGCCACAACUUUACUUGCAGCUCAGUUAGAGAAAGCAGCCAGGCAGCGCUUUGAUAAAAGCCUGAUGCAGACCCCCUCACAAAAAAAUAUGUCUCCUGGGGAUCAUCUUGGAAUACAUGCUUACAGGGAUGAGCUUUUUGAAGACGAAUCCUUUUUGCAAAAUUCGCCAUCAGACGCAGAGAAGUUUAUAACAGAAAAAGCUGCUAAGGCUAUGAUAAGACAAGCCUUCCAGGCACCUGUUGUACCAAGAUUGUACACUGACAACAGAAUUCAACAACAGGAGAACAGAGACUUUGGUAAAGUUCAAAGGAGGGAUCUGGAGAAGCGACAAAUUUCAGAUAGACAAUCUAAUAUAGGCUCUGUUGACAAUAGAAGUUACAUUGAAUAUCCACCAGAUCUGAGGAGUAAAACCCCUCAAGGUGGCCGCAGGUCAGAACCCAGUUAUUCUGGACAUAGGUCAGAAGCAGGCUAUGCACCCAUUCCCUCUGUGGUCACUGCUCAGGACAAGAAAGCAGGGAACAAGGACCAAAUCCGCAGGCUUGUGCAUGUGGGUGAUGGUAUUGAACACCAGCAGAGGGCUCAAAGUGACCCCCUUAGGGAACAGACCAUGAAGGCAAUGAGCCCUGUACCAAACCGACACUCUGCUGAGGGCCACUCUGAAAGGAGGAGAACUGCAUGGGAAGAAGAGCAGUCAGGUGAUCACAGAGCAUUUAGUCAGAGAGCUACCAGCCAAUUAAAGACCUCUGCCAGGGGCAGCAGUUCUUUGGGCUCAGUGAGACAGGAACAAAUGCAGGAUGAUAAAAGAUUCAUGAGGUCUGCUUCUCCAUUGCAAUCAAGAAAACCUGUAGUCCAGUCAAAGGUGUCUGAUGGCUGUGACUUGAAACGAAAGUCCAAUGAAAUGACAACUGGGUCAAGAGGACAUGAUGUCAGGGCAAGAAUACGGACACCAUCACCAGUCUCCAGAAAUGUUCACCGAACUAGAAGUACAAGUCCAGAGCCUAAAGAAAAUGGUCACAGAAUGGGUAGAAUGUCCCCAGUAUAUACUGGUGGAAAAAGAAUACCAAAUGUAGAAAGGCACUUUGAGCUCGCAGUGAGACCAGUUGAGAGACAACACGUGAGAACAGGUGGAGAUUUUCACAGAAGAUCGUGGAGUCCAACUCUAGGUCAGCAAAUGAGAUUUUCUGUAGGGGAUGCCAGUAGGAGGUCAAGGAGUACCUCCCCAGCUCUCAGGCCAUAUAGGCCUCAUGGUAGUGAGGAGCUGUACUAUGUAGAAAGUGGUGUGGAAGAUUCCGGGUUAUCUGUAGCACACAGCGAAACCACCUUGGAAAGUACUCACACAGGUUCAGAUGAUGCAUUAGGUCCCAGCCUUCCACCACAUCUUCUAGGAUCCAGGAAGGAUGUGGCACCCAAGCAUGCACGUGGAAUAUACGGAAACCGUAUCUCUCCGAAGUCAAGAUCCCCAUCCCCAUCCCCAGGUCCAGUGUUAGGCACCAUAGAUGAGAGGGACACAGUGGUGCACAGAGGAGAGGAAAAAAGCACCAGGAUUGUUACUGGGAGGCCAACUGCACAGCAAGAUGGUCAAGUUGAUGGACAUCAAGGUGACAAUCAACCAGGUGACAGCAGACACAACUCCAGGCCUCUUCAGAGAAGUCUUCACAAAGAAGAUGUCCUGGAUGCUAGAGACUACCACAAGCUUCCAGCAAGGUCUUUCAUUGACUACCCUUCGGAUCUCAAAAGCAAAACGCCAUCUUCAGAAAGAGGGGGUUCUGGUGUACCUGUGGACAGCAGGUAUCAUGGAAGACGGACUUUAUCCCCAGUGGAGACGAGAGAUGGUGGAAGGGGAGAUGCUCUUACUCCUCUUUUGGCAGAGGAAGACAGUGAGGCAGAUAUCAGCAGUGAUAAACACAUUGAGGGGCACAUGCAGGAUAAAAGCUCAGCACAGGAGAUCCAGUCAGUAGGUGGCAGUGAAGUCAACAAGAACAAGAGUGCUCUUCAGCAUCUGCAAGAAGCUCUUGACAGUGAAAGUGAUAUGUCUGAUAUGCCUUCCAACCUCCAGGAAAUGUGGCAGAGAUUCAAGGAAAUAACUGGGGAAGCCAAGCAGAGAGGCCCACAGAAGAAGAGUGAGUUCAGUAGCCUCUUGAAAAAUCCAGUGCAACACAUGGUGAAAAAAAUGUGUGCAGAGAAAGAAGGAAGGGCAAAAGAAGUGAAAAAGACUGGUGAUAUGAUUGACUCCGUUAUCAGCAGUAAUUAUGAAUUGGAAAAAAAGCGAAAUGUUCCUCGUAAGGCAAAAGAGAAAACAUUAGAAAAAGGGAAGACAUUUGAUCAACAGAAAGAUGACCAAAUACAGCAGGGACAUAAGAUGGAGAAAGAUAAGCCUGUUUCAAGACCUUCACCAUCUAGGGUCGAUUUUCUCCCCGGAGACCAACUGGUAAGUGUGUUUAACGAGACAGAUGAAACAAUCCAGUCUGUUCCUGAGGAUACAACUGUUGAUGCCUUGAGUAGCAAAGUAGUAACAGGAGAAGUAGAUGAAAAACUCUACAGAAUUUAUGAUCCAAAGCGAGUGGAUCCAAGGAUGGUAAAAUUGCAAAGAAAAAUUGAGAGGCAAAAACAAAAGUUCAUCAGGCACCAAGAACGGGAGAAGAAAAGGAAAGACAAGAUUGAACAGUGGGAGAAAACAUUAAAAGAAAGAGACUCUGAAAAACAGUCUAUAAACACUGAUUCGAUGUCCUCCAUCUCUACAACAUCAUCAACUGUGAAUGGUUCUACAUGGAGCAAUGAGAGCUCUCUUAUGUCUUCAACAAGCAGUGAAUCAAGAGAGGUUACGGCUACAAAAUCUACAACAUUAACACCAGUUCCAGAAUCAGAAUUGGAAAGCUACACACCUUCUCCCAUGCCUUCUCAAAAAACUGCAGCAGUGCUUAGAAAACAGAAGCCACCUGAUGUGCAAAGAACUGUAAAUCUGCCCAGUACUCAGUACGAGGAAGUCAGUGAUAGUACAACCGACACUGAUCACAGCGUGUGUGGGUGCAAAGAUGCUCAUGUGAGACAGAAAAGGAAAUCUGUAGCAAAGGAAGAGAAAGACAGGCAGAUGAUUGGGAAAAAAGAGAAGCCUUUGAAAGAAGUGUACGGUCCCCAAUCUGCAUACAUCGAAUUCAAAAAGCCAGAGCAUGCAGCUCCCAAGGCAAAAGUGAAAGAGAAAGGGAAAAAGUUUAAACAAAAUCAUCCUCCUGGGAAUGACACUUCUGUUGACAGGACAGGACAAGCAAAGAAAGCAGUGAAAGCAGAGAGCACACCCCUGAAAGUUGAUACUUCAACCCAGAAAACAACACGAGAUGUUGGAACAAUAUUUCCCUCACCCAUGCUCCCUAGUCCCCCGAUUAAACGCAAGUACCGAGCGGAUGUCAGCAUGGUGUCUGCAGCAGUGCAAACAACACCUCGGGUCUCGGGAGCUCCAUCAGAACACAGGGAGUAUACAGCAGAGAAAGGCGGCAGCAGCAGCAAUCAAAGGUCAUUUGUGACAGUACCAGUGAGCUCACCAAAGCCUAAGGAUAAACCUGCUGUACGGUCUUCUAAAAUCUUCAGUCCUGAGACUCCGCCCACAAGUGCAAAACCUGACAAACUGAGGCAUAGUCCAGGUCUAGCUUGGUAUAUUCCAAUGAAGGAAACCAAACCGAAACCCUGGAGAAGGCCAUUACAGGAGAAACAGUCAGUUCAAGAAAACAAGCAGCUUCAAUUCUCCAGUCAUUUCAGAAGCAAAGAAAACCAAGAUCCAGUCUUAAAGGACACUGGGAGUAAAGUGGACAUGUAUCUGUCAAGGAAAAGUGACCGUGUGAAUGUCUUGAAUAAUGGAGAGAAGAUUAAGCCCUCAGAGAAACUGACAUUACAGGAGGCCUUUGUCUUGUUUAAAGGUGAGGCAAUCUCUAGGUCUAGAGAGCGCCAGAGGAGAAUUGUCCUAGCUGCAGAGGAAAGGAAGGUUCAAGAACAGCACAACAGGGAGAGACUGCACCUCUUUGCUGAUCAAAGAAGAAAACAUGCCAAUCCCAAUGCACAUCCUUACAGUGAGCAACUGCACCAACCAAAGCAGCGUGUAAUGACCAAGAGUGAAAUGAGAGAGCAUUCACUUAAAAUAUAUCAAAAGCUUCCAGAAGUGAUACAAAAAAUUGAGGAGAAGAAACGUCAAGAGAAGUACAAAACUAACCGUAUCAGAGCACAGCUUUUCAAAGAGAAAGUCCUGAAUAAGGUUUUAAAGAAUAAAGGACCCUGGCUUCCAAAUCCAUGAGGGCUUAUUUUGUCAUCAUAAGGCUCACACAGACAAGGGGACAAACAAUAGGAACAGCCACAAGAGUCAUGUAGUUGAGAGCCAUAAAUUUUCACGUCUUGGCACAUAAAGAAAAUAAGACAAUCAUAUUGCUUUCCUUAAGCAUAUGUAAGUGUGCUGGCAUUUAAAUAAGACAUUGCCAGUGCAGGAAAGUUUAUUAAAACAGAAAUAUAGUCGAGGUUUUGUCCGUCAUUGUAUGUUGGCUUUUCUAGCUGAAUGAGAAAAAAAAACUAGAAGUCCUAUUUUUGGACAAGUUUCAGAUCAUUUUAUAGCGUUGCUAUAAGUAAUGAAGCAUUUAAUGAACCAUUUUGUAAAUAAUAUUCACUUCAGAUUUAAUAUAUUUAUAUUGUAAAACUGCAUACCAUUUUGAUAUAAAAUGCUUUUUUACUGUUAACUUUUUUUUCCUCUUAUGACACAGUGCUGGAUGGAUCAGUUUUCAUUUAAUUCAAACGGACUAAAUAGAUUGAUUAUCCAUUAAUUACAUUUCUAUUCAGACUCCCAUUUUCAAUUCAUGAAGAGAGAUGAUUUGGGGGUUUUAAGAAAAAAGUAGAAAGAAAUAACUUAGUGGCCUUACAACUCGGGGGGUAUGUUUAAGGUCUAAAAA